ACCGCACGCGCAACAUGACAACAUGACAAUAUGACUGAAAUAGUAAUGUACAAUUUGUGACUAUCGUGGAAAUAUUGAUAUAGUGUGUGCUAUUUCUGUUGAUAACUACUUAGGUUAAUACUGAAUACUUAUGUGCCUUUUGUGUUAUAAUAAAUAUUGGGUUAUUAAUGUUUUUAAGUAGUGUAGAAUCGUGUCGGGUGCUGCUCGCGUUCGCGGCAGUGGCGUAUUCCCUGGCGGCGGUGUGGGGGGCCCCCGUGUGCGCCCCGGGCGCCGAGGAAGACCCCCGAGCUGCGCGCUUCUGUCAGGCGCUGAACACGUUCCUGGAGCUGUAUGCCGAAGCCGCUGGGGAGCAGGUGCCGGAGUAUCAUGCCCUGGUUCGCGACUACCCCCAACUGCUCGACACGGGUAUGAAGCGGCAAGAUGUCGUCCACUCGUUCCUGCGGUUCGGCCGACGGCGCUGACCGGCGCGGCCCCCCCGGCGCUAAACCACCAACCUGAGGCUUGAACCUUCAUUUUGUUAACUUUACUUUGUCCAAAACGUUAGUUCCUGUAAGUUAGUGUAGGUAUCCGCGGUAAUUGUAGGUACGUGUAUCCGAACGCAGCGAAAACGUCAUUCCCGUAAGAGACGUCGGCGCGAGCGGACGUCUGUCCCCUAGUCACUUUCCCCGCGUUCCAUUUAGCGUUAAAAACGAUCAACGCUCAAAAUGGGAGGCAAUUUCGAACGUUUGAUCUUUUUUAACGCUAAAUGGAACGCAGGGUUUAUUGAACAUAAAUUUCAUUGCUUUUGGUCACAAUUUUGACGUUUGAACUUUUCAAAAUAUUUAGUUUACAAAGUUGUUAUGUCAAUAUUCUGACAUAUUAUAUACUUUUAAAGCCGGCGCCAGACAUGGGCUUCAA